AGCCAGCCCUGGGAACAGUUUAGGAAAAGCAAACUGCAGCCCAGCCGUUCAGAGCUCUCGCUGCUCCGCCAGCUGCGCCCGGGUCCCGGAGAGCCCGGCCACAGCGGCCAGGGCCCGGCCCGGCCCGCCAGCCCUUCCCCUUUCUGCUUGCGAUCCUCCAUCCUCGCCGGGCUGCGCCGGGGCAGCGGCGGGGCGCGGGCACGGCGGGCGGGCAGCACCGGGAGCGGCUCACACGGGCAGCACCGGGAGCGGCCCCGCACGGGCAGCACCGGGAGCGGCUCACACGGGCAGCACCGGGAGCGGCCCCGCACGGGCAGCACCGGGAGCGGCCCCGCACGGGCAGCACCGGGAGCGGCUCACACGGGCAGCACCGGGAGCGGCUCACACGGGCAGCACCGGGAGCGGCCCCGCACGGGCAGCACCGGGAGCGGCUCACACGGGCAUCACCGGGAGCGGCUCCGCACGGGCAGCACCGGGAGCGGCUCCGCACGGGCAGCACCGGGAGCGGCCCCGCACGGGCAGCACCGGGAGCGGCUCCGCACGGGCAGGACCGGGAACGGCUCCCGAGAGCAUCUCCCCGGCUGAUCCGUCCCCAGACCGGCUCCCGGCUGAUCCCGGGACCGGCUCCCGGUUGCUCCAUCCCCGGCCCGUUUCCCGGCUGAUCCAUCCCCGGACCGUUUCCCGGCUGCUCCAUCCCCGGACCGGCUCCCGGCUGAUCCCAGGACCGUUUCCCGGCUGAUCCAUCCCCGGACCGUUUCCCGGUUGCUCCAUCCCCGGUCCGUUUCCCGGCUGCUCCAUCCCAGGACCGUUUCCCGGCUGAUCCAUCCCCGGACCGUUUCCCGGCUGCUCCAUCCCCGGUCUGUUUCCCGGCUGCUCCAUCCCCGGACCGUUUCCCGGCUGCUCCAUCCCCGGUCCGUUUCCCGGUUGCUCCAUCCCCGGACCGUUUCCCGGCUGCUCCAUCCCCGGUCCGUUUCCCGGUUGCUCCAUCCCCAGACCGUUUCCCGGCUGAUCCAUCCCCGGACCGUUUCCCGGUUGCUCCAUCCCCGGUCCGUUUCCCGGCUGAUCCAUCCCCGGACCGUUUCCCGGCUGCUCCAUCCCCGGACCGGCUCCCGGCUGCUCCAUCCCCGGACCGGCUCCCGGUUGCUCCCCGGGCAGCCGCCGAGGGCCCGGGCUCCCGGAGCGGCGCAGCAGAAGCGGGACCGCGCACUCCAUCCCACACCUCUGCCCAGGUGUCCCAGCAAGAGCAGAGGCCCCGUGCCUGGGAAUGGACAGUGCUCUAGACCCUCAGCAAAGUUCCACAGCAGGCACCAGAGGGAAGGAACGAAGAUACUGCAAGAUGUUCAACUCUAGCACCAGCUCCUCAGGAAACAACUGCAGCCACAGCACGGUGAUAACCACAACAGUCAUCCCGCUGCUCUACUGCUUCAUCUUCCUCGCAGGGCUCUUGCUCAACGCCCUGGCAGCCUGGGUCUUCCUCUACGUUUCCAGCACUAAGAGUUUUAUUGUCUAUCUCAAGAACAUCGCUGUGGCCGAUCUCCUCAUGAGCCUGACGUUCCCUUUCAAAAUCCUUGCUGACUCAGAGCUGGCACCCGCAGAGCUCAGCCUGUUCGUGUGCCGGUACUCGGCCGUUGUGUUCUACAUGAACAUGUACAUCGGGAUCUCCUUCUUCGGCCUCAUAGGCUUCGACAGGUACUACAAAAUCGUAAAGCCUUUGUUCACCUCCUUUGUUCACACUGUUAACUACAGCAAGGUGAUCUCUGUAAUCAUAUGGCUGUUAUUAAUGAUUAUGUCAUUUCCAAAUAUGAUUUUAACUAAUGAAAUCACUAAAGACAAUUACUCCAGAAAAUGUAUAGGUCUUAAAAGCGAGCUUGGCAGACAGUGGCACAAAGCAACCACUUAUAUUUGCACAGGGAUUUUCUGGAUUGUUUUUUUUCUGCUAAUCAUAUUUUACACUUCUAUAUCCAAAAAAAUAUACAGCUCUUACAAAAAAUUCCGGAGGAACUCAGACAUGGCCAAGAGAAAAACCAGCCGUAACAUAUUCACCAUCAUGUUUGUGUUUGUCAUUUGCUUUGUGCCCUACCACCUCUGCAGGACCCCUUACACCUUGAGCCAGACCAGCUCUCACUUCACCUGCCAGUCUCAAAAAUCACUGUACUACGCCAAGGAGUUCACUCUGGUGCUGUCUGCAGCAAAUGUCUGCCUUGACCCCAUUAUUUAUUUUUUCCUCUGCCUCCCCUUUAGAGAAAAGCUGUAUCAAAAACUGCACCUCAAGCUGAAAGCUUCAAGUGAGGUUGAAAUUUCUAAAUCCAGAAGAUCGAAUACACUUCGGGAAAGUAUAAACAUAGUGUAGGUUUGUGUCUCUACAAUAAUGCACAAUUCAGGAAGUUAUUCAUGAACAGAAAUAUCCCAAAGACACAGAACACGACAAGCAGCAACAAGCAGGAGAGGGGUUCAGCAUAACACCUGGUGCUCCUUCUCUGCCUAAGCUCAGUAUUGUGUGUGCCAAUAUAUUCAAUAUAUUCACUGUUCCAGCCAGUGCCCUGAUUGCAUUAGGGUGUGACAUGACCCAUCUGGAUCUCAAAAACACAGAGAGGAGUACCUGGAACAGCACAUUCUGGAGUUCCAGGCUGUGGGUCUCUGGAAGGACAAUCCAGCAGACCCAAAACCGCAGCAGUCUGCUUCUCUGGACUUCCAUGAACAGAAACAUGUCCACACCAAACUGCAGCAGCUCCCUCGCUGCUGGUGCAGAAAGAGGCGAGAACAUCCGGAGCUGUCUGGGAACCACAAGUACAGCUGAGUAAAAACUCUGGUACAUUUAAAUCCAGAAAGAAUAGUUUGCUGGUUUUCCCAUGAUUUUUACACAGCAGUAAAGCCCUUCUGUCUGUACCAAGAUAACAGCUGAAAGCCACCGACCUGCUCCAUACAAAUAUAAUCUCUUUUAUAACUUUAUUUUUCAGAGCAGCUUUUUUUUUUUUUAAUUGAUUUUAUUAUUGUACUGGAAAAACAUACCAGGGCCUAAAGUAUCCACUAAAGAUUUCAGAGAGUGGUUCUGGAGCUGAAUAUCUUCAUUUUGCUUAAGAAGCUAUAGGAACAGAAAUAACAGGUCCUUCACCUUUCUGUCAUUGCAUUUUGUUUUAGCCCAAACAGAUCUAAGGGCAAAAUAUUUUUAAACAUUUUGUCCUUGUACCUUCUCUGAGGCUGUAGUAACUUCUCUUGAUCUGAGACCACUGGUCAGCAGCAGCAGGAUUCCACCAGGCCACAGGAUUGUACUCCAGCUAAAGGUCUGACACCUCCACUGGGUUCAUACACAGCUUUUGGGGCAAAUUCUGCUCUAUCAAAUUCCCACCGAGUGCAGAGCAGGUCCAGCCCGAUCCCAGUGGGCACCAGCACCCCACAACUGGGGCAGCCUGGGCGUCCCUCGGGCUGUGGGAGCUGGGGGCUGCAGCCUGAACCUGCCCAUGGGGACUGCAGGAGAAGGCAGUGUGCUGGUUGUGUUUGUUAAAGAAAAUGCAUAAAAGAUAUUUAUACGGUUCUUUCAGAGCUCCUGACUCUUUCAGACUGAGGCUCUGCAGGCUCUGCCCUCCAAGCAAGGGAACCAGCCUGGGGAAGGGAAUCCAGUGCUUUGUGGGAGAUCUUUUGUCGUUUAUGGCAAAAACAUUCAGUUCCCUAAAUGGCAGGGCUUGGUACUUGCCUACAUAAAUUUACACAAUUGCAGCUGUGAAACAUCACUGGCAUAGAUAGAUGGAAACACUUCCAAAAUAUAAAUUUGAAUAACUUUUUAAUUGCUUUGCAAGCUUUGAAAAAAUUUAUAUUGUGGAAUUUGUUCCACACCUCACCAGAUUACUGAUAUUAGAAUGACAAGAAUCUACAUUAAGGCACCAGGGAAACAGAUGCUGAUCAAAACCUCUGUUCAAAAGGGAUGCCACAUUUCUAGUUUUUCACUCAUGUUGAAAAAAUCCUCCUCCAAGAGGUUCCCUAGUCAGGAAACAGUUCCAUGCCCCUGAUCCUGCUGUGAGUGACAAGUGCCAAGGAGCACCAGGGUCAAACCAAGCCUCUGAUCCAUUUCCUCUCCUUCCUUCCUACUUUGCUGGAUGAACUGAGACAAAUUUUUUUCAGCACUGGGUAAAUCAAUCCUUUCCCAGCACAUCAGGCUUCAGAUAGCCCAGCCAACUCCUCCCACACUCAGGGAAAAACUCACAUUCCAAGAUCUGCUCUUUUCCCAUAACACCUCUGCAGGAAGGGCAGACCAGUACACAGUAAAGGUUUACUGAACCAUCACUUUGUCUUUUUAGACCUGGAAAAGUUCCCUGAUAUGUAAACUGACUCUACAGAAAAGGGGAGACUGGCUGACAGAGACACACAGACAGAAACAACUUCCAGUGCUGCAGUUUGGGUUUAAACACAACCCUACAAGUACAGGGAGAUCAGCUUUGCAUGAGCAGAACUCUACAAAAUGAGUGGAUGUUUGCUCACAGCUGGACACAGGAUCAUUCCAGAUUAUUAAGCUUUGAAAACAUUUUGACAAAUAGGGUCUGAACUUUCAGUUUAUGACUAAACCUAGAGCCAGACAUUCUUCAUCUGUUCCUCCACAAAGCUCUGGUGCAGGGUUUGUAAAUUCCUGUGGAUUCUCAAUUACAACCAAGGUCCACCAGCUGGAGUUUCAGUAUUGCUGUCAGUACCUCACCCCCAGCAUGGUGUCAGAUCUUUUCUCAUGGUUUACCAAACCAACCAAACGAAAAAAUAAAGAUUUCCCCAGCCUC